AUGAACUUCAUCGUCUCCCGGCAAGCCAUGUGGUUGGAGGCCAUUGAACGGCGUAUUUCUGCCACAUCAGCCAUGUUAUCAUCCAUGAAGGGCGUCAAGAUGUGUGGUCUCAAGGACACAUUGAUGGCCAGCAUGCAGAAGCUCCGGGUGGACGAGCUUUGCAUCUCCAAGCGGUUCCGUAAACUGAUCAUCUGGAACAUGGUGUUUGCCUAUGUGACCCAGGUCUUUGCACCCGUUCUGACGUUUGCCAUCUUUUCCGUCCGCGCACGGGAUACUGGCGAUAGGACGUUGGACACAGCGCGCGUCUUCACAGCGCUGUCACUGUUUGCCCUGCUCUCGGAGCCUUUGGCAUCCCUUGUCAUGUCCUUAGCGACGUUUCUGGGGUCCGUGGGUAGUUUCAGCCGCAUUCAAAACUUCCUCCAGUCUGAUGAGAGAGAAGAUCCCCGAAAACAGGACCCUCACAUGGUCUCGUCUGAGCACUCGCUCGAUUUGGCUUUGCCAAUCGUGGACAUGGAGAAGCCUUCGCCCCAUGCCAUUUUUAUCGAGAAAGGUGACUUUGGUUGGGAUGCUGAAAAGUCUCCUAUCCUCAGCGACAUUACCUUGACUGUGCCAUGGCGCCAGUUGACCAUGGUGGUUGGGCCGGUUGGGUGUGGCAAGUCCACUCUGCUCCAGUCCAUCUUGGGCGAGAUUCCUUCACUGUCGGGCUCUGUUCACCUUGGCUCGACCAGUGUUGCCUACUGCUCUCAAGACCCUUGGCACAUGAAUGGCACCAUUAGAGAAGCCAUUCUCGGCACCGCCAAGUAUGAUCCCAAAUGGUACGGAAGAGUUCUCCGCGCCUGUGCUCUUGGUCGUGAUCUCAAAGAGCUUCCUCACGGUGACUCCUCUCGGAUAGGAUCCGGUGGAAUCGCUCUCUCAGGUGGCCAGAGCCAACGCAUCGCCUUGGCAAGAGCGGUCUAUGCCCGCCGUGAGAUUGUCAUCUUGGAUGAUGUCCUCAGUGGUCUCGACACCUCAACCGAGAACCAUGUUUUCCACAGUCUAUUUGGUGUGAAAGGCAUCUUCACAGAGACGAAAGCUACCGUCCUGCUUGUCUCCUCUUCGGUCAAAAGACUGCCUUACGCUGCGUAUGUCGUUUGUCUUGAUUCCAGCGGCACGAUCAGUGCUCAAGGAACGUUUGACGAGCUCAACCACGCCGGCACUGGUUACGUGUCUACUUUCUCCCUGGCCUCUAGACCGGACUGGACUUUCAAGCCAGACGACGAUCACUUCAGUGAUGAUGAUGAUACCACUGAUGUUGAUCGUCCAAAGGAGCUGCAUGAGACCGACUGUGGGACUUCGGUCUCGGGCUCUUCCAGAGAGAGGAUUUCCCAUUCUCACAGUCCUGAAAGGGCUGCUUCUUCCUCGUCAGAGAUCCAGACAGUGAAUGAAGCUGACGCAAUCAACACACUGGACUCGGGGAGACAGACUGGUGAUGUGCAGAUUUAUACUUACUACAUCAAGUCUGUGGGGCUGUGGCCGACCUUGAUCUUUGUUUUGGGCAUUGUUGCGUUUGUUUUUUGUAUUUCGUUUCCGACUGUCUGGGUUCAAUGGUGGGCUGCAGAAAAUGAGAUUCGCCCCAACGAUAACCUGGGAUAUUGGAUUGGUCUUUAUGCCAUGUUUGGUGGUAUCGCCAUUGUUGGUCUCACCAUUGGCUGUUGGCAAAUGAUCAUCAAGAUGGUACCUCUGUCCGGAGAAAAGUUCCACCUGGCGCUCCUGAAGACCGUUCUGAGUGCACCCAUGUCCUUCUUUGUCAAGACAGACACAGGCGUCACCAUGAACCGCUUCAGCCAGGACUUGCAACUCAUUGACAUGGAGCUCCCCAUCGCUGCCCUCAACACAUUCACCACGUUGAUUCUUUGCAUCGCGCAGAUGGCGCUCAUCGGUGUUGGCUCCAUCUAUGCGGCCAUCUCCUUCCCCAUCGUUCUCAUCACACUCUAUCUCGUCCAGAAGUUUUACCUUCGCACAUCCCGCCAGAUCCGAUUGAUCGAUAUUGAAACCAAGGCGCCAUUGUACUCCUUAUUUGAGGAGUCUCCGCGGAAUUGCCACCAUCCGCGCUUUCGGCUGGCAAGACGCCCUCGAGAAAAAGAAUCACACCCUCCUCAACCGCUCCAUGAAACCGUUCUACCUCAUUUCAGCCAGAGCGUCAAACUUCUCGUCACAUUUUGGACAACCCUUGAGACGCAAAUUGGUUCGGUAGCUCGCAUCAAGAGCUUCACCAGCACCGCUGUCCCAUCUGAGGACCUUCCCGGCGAAGAUCAAACUCCACCACCAAACUGGCCUCAGAAGGGUGCCAUUGAGAUCAAGAAUUUCACGGCCGCGUACAACGAGGGUGACUCAGACCCUGUACUCAAGAACAUCUCUCUUUCCAUCGCUGCCGGAGAAAAGGUUGCUAUCUGCGGCCGAACAGGAAGCGGCAAGACCUGUCUUGUGUCUUCGCUCUUCCGCAUGACCGCUACUCACGCUGGCUCCAUCUGCAUUGACGGGGUGGACACGUCCACGAUUCCCCGUGAGGAUGUCCGCCGCCGGUUGGUCGGUGUCCCGCAGCAUCCUUUCCUCCUGAAAGGGUCUGUAAGACUCAACGCCGACCCUCUUGGUCAAGCCACGGAUGCACAAAUACAGACUGCACUCCAAGAGGUCAAAGUCUGGGAUAUUGUCAGCAGAUUUGGCGGACUGGAUGCCGACAUUGACAGCCUCAAUCUUUCGCAGGGGCAGAGGCAGCUGUUCUGUCUUGCUCGUGCAAUAGUGCGGCCGGGGAAUAUCCUUGUCUUGGACGAGGCCACCAGUACCUUGGACGGGAAGACAGAGGAGAUGGUUCAAAGGUUGAUUAGGAGGAAGUUUUGCGACUACACCAUCCUUGCUGUGGCGCACAGGCUGGAUACCAUUAUGGAUUUUGACAAGGUGGUUGUGCUAGAUAAGGGUAAGGUGGUCGAGUUUGAUCGUCCUUGGAAGCUGGUGGAGGAGGAAGGGGAAGGGGGCAUGUUUAAGAAGCUGUGGUUGAAGAGCGUGGAGGAGGAUAUUGAGGAUGUUCCGGAAUGA